AUGGCUGGUGACAGUUUAGGGCUACGGAAAAAGGAACGCUUGGGUUGCGCGUCUGCCGUUGGUUGCAAGGUCGUUUUUAAAGUUUGCAUUGGAGUUUACUUCCUCGUGAAGUCAAGAAGAAACGGCGUGGGACUGAAUGCGAGGCUCAUGCAAAUUGAGCCCUGGAAACUUGAUACGCGGGAUGUAGAAGUUCUGCAUGGGCCGUCGAUUCCUCGGGGCGAAAGACGGAAACGAAGCGUGACGGGAGCAGAAACACAGGGAGCAAAUGACACGGCAACAAUACAUUUGAGAAGACUGAAACAAGAAGAAUUUUGCACCAUUGCAAGGAAUUUUUGA